AUGGGUAACAUUGUGGCGGCCGGAAACGCAAAGCUCGAGCAAUCUGACGUUCUGGAGGUAUUACUUACUGUGACAGAAGCAGCAGUUGAUUACUUCAACCCACCCCAGCGAAAACCAAAAGACGUUGAGAAGGAUGGCCCCCCGAUUAUUCAAACCAAGGUCGAUCGAAUCCGGGCGAUUAUUAAUAGCUUCGUGGAUGGAGGAGAAAAGGUACUUCUUGUCGCAGCCUCGGUUCCAUUGCGAGUCACGCUGGCUGGAUUUAAUGGCGCCAAAACAGUGGCUCUGUGGUCUUUGGAUACCACAAAGAGCGUGCUACACCAUUUACCGGUAAAAACCUGCCUCGACGUUUUCAUAAACACAUUUAUAAGUUCUGGCAAGACCUGGCAAGACAAAAUGAAGGGUAUCAAUGGUGUUGUCGUAUGCUUAUUCCGACAGGAGGUCCUGGGCCGGAAGCAAAAGCCUCGGAGAUCUACUCGUUAUAAACCAAAAGGCGACUACCACCGAAUCAUUGAAGCUUCGGAACCAUUUCCGGUUUCUCCCGAGCGGAAGCGGAAGUUCGACAAGGAAGACGGCGAGGAAACAUUGACAGUAGAGCUUAUCAGUGUUCCCCAGGACUACGCUUCCGAUGAAGAUCCCGACUACGUUCCGGAUCCCGACGAACAAGAGGAUAGCGACUCAUUGGAAGACAACGGCGACGACGACAAUACCGAAUAUGAGAACGAGGGUGACGAACAGGACGAAGGCCAGGGGGCGAAGAUUUCCGACGUAACCGAAGAGAAGGAAAAGGCAACUUCCUCGCUUAAAGUGGCCCCUUUAAAAGAAGCCGGUGUAGUCCAAGGAGAGGGAAGGGUUUUCAACAAGACCCCAACAAAAGGAGGCGAGCUAAGCCCAGGUGUGCAGAACAUGGUGGAAAAAAUUGAAGUUAAAAUGAGUUCUGCUCCACAGAAAACCGAAAAUGUUGCCGCGAAGGAGGCUGCGAAAACAGGUGUGGUCAAUGAAGAGGGAAAGCAUUCCAACAAAUCCCAGACCAAAGUCAGCGAGCUCAGCCAAGGAGUAAAGAACUUGGUGGAGAAGAUUAAAGUAAAGGGUUCUACUCCACCGAAGACGGAAAAUGUUUCCGCGAAGGAGGAUGCGAAAACAGGGGCAGUCAAUGGAGAGGGGAAGGUUUCCAACAAAUCUCAAACCAAAGCCAGCGAGCAAAGCCAAAGUGUCCAGAACAAGGGAGAGAAGACUGAUGUAAAGAUGCCUGCUUCAAAGAAAACCGAAAAUGUUUCUCUUAAGACCGCGCUGCGAAAACAAGCGGAACAAUUAACAUUGAUGGAAGGAAAGUAGUGUAAAGACGAUGCUUCUCCGUAAUAAUUGAUUUCCAUCAAUCAGCCUAGCUAAUGCAGUUGAAACCCUUUAGAAGAGACUAUAGUAAGCAAAAUUGAUUAAAAGUUGCAUUUCGAAAGAUAC